AAUCAUGACAGUUCCAUCAACAAAAAUUUUGUCAAUUACUUUAACGGUAUUUUUAAUAAUAACCGUUUACCUCCAGUGUGUUAAAUCUUUUGGAAAGUCUCGACCAGCAAAAUACAAUUUAUUAAAAAAAGGAUGUAAUAUUCCGAAAACAAAAAUCGAAAAAUCUUCAAUAAAAGAUAACGAAAGCGAGACCAAUACAGAUGGCUAUAUAGAUCCUCAUUAUAACUGUGAUACCCUGGAAAAAGACAUCGUUCAAACAAUUCCUUACCAAUCAACUUCAACUUCUUUUUCCACAUCAUGUGGUAUUGUUGAUGUCAGUUUUACCUCAGCUUGUAUAAGAUGUGGCAUGUGCCUUGCCAUUGCUCAACAGAUUAAUCAAACAAUGGUUGAUAUUCAUAAAACAAUUAUGCCAAUGCUUUGGCUCAAAGAUACAGAUGCUACUCUCCUUUUGAGGUCAAUUUGCGACAAUUCCUUUGAACAUUACAGUUUACGUAAACUCAAUGGAAAUCAUCUUAUAUGUGAUCGAACACCAGGUGCAACACUCGUCACAUCUUCAGUAGAUGGGCUGUGGGAAAAACAUUUAAAGAAAAAAUGUCAUGAUUAUAUUGAUGAAAUGGGUCCAAUACAAUUAUAUGAACGAUGGCAAAGAUGGUUUAAUAACAAUGAAGGGGAUUCAGAACCGCCCGAUUUAUCUACAAUUUUAUGCAGAGAUGACACCGCUUUCUUUCGAGAUUGUAACAGUAUCGAAGAAGAAGACAAUAGACGUGGAAUACCUUCUGAAAUUUACAAAACGCACGUAAAGAUUUUAGCAGAAUUGAAAUGGGGAUAGGAUCUUACAAAAUAAAUGAAAUAUUUUUAUGAGUGCUACUUUACAUUAAUUUAAUAAAAUUUACUAUGGAAAUACUUAUUCUUUUACAAUUGAAAAGGAAUGACUAAAUCGCGACGAGGUUUUGUAUUCAGUAUAUCUUCAUGCUGCGAUUUCUUUCUUUUCCUCGGCGAGGGUCCCCGUGGAUCAAUUUUUGAUUUUGGAAACGGAAUUAACAUCGAAGUCUUGUCAUGUAUAUUAAAUUUGUUUCUUUUUGAAAAAUGCAAAUCUGCCUCUUGUUGGACUGCACUCAUUUCUCGCAAAUUCGGAUGGGGCAAUAAAAAGGACCAAUCAGUCCGAGCGGGAGGUUCCUCUUCUUGCAGACCUGUGGCUCUUGUGACCAAAUUGUUUCUUCGAUGAGCACGAAUACUUCGAAAAAAAUGAUCUUGCACAAAUAUUCUGUUAGUCCAUAUUCUUUCAAAAAGACAAAGUGCUAAGGAUAUAACCAUUCCACCUAAAAGAAGCCCAAAUGCAGAAUAAACAUCUACAAGACUGGCACUGUUAAAAUUAGAGGUGUCCUGACACUUUGGCAUCUCUGGCAACAUCUUUUCCUUGAUCCUGUCUAAAACUCCGUGCUCCCGAAUCCGAAAGAUACUUUCCAGAUUACAUAACAUCCAAAUAUUAAUGUAAUAUUAUAUAUUUAUGAAAACCUUAAAUUGAUGAUCUUUUUGUAUGGACAAGAAUGAGCCAUCGGAAGAGCCACUGAUGAAAAUGUUUUUUCAAGUUGCAGUUCUUUCAAACUACACUGGUUACGAAUUAAUGAAGAUUGAAGCAUUUUUCGCGCAUCUGCAGCCCCAACAAAAAAUCCAUAGUUACCCUUGAUUGCCUUUUUGAGACCUACGACUGUUUCUAAUCUGGAUUCACGAUUAUCAAAUGCCUUUAUGUACAAUUUACGAAGAUUGGAAUCAUUUGAACUCUGAAAAAUGAUAUUAUAAAGUUCAAUACUUUUCAUAACAAAUUAUGGAAGAAAAAAGUUUAAGAUUCAAGCCUUGCUCUUCAAACUGCGGUAAAUUCUGGUACUAAUAGGACCCUAUUUGAGGUGCAAAUCCAUCUGCAUGGUUAUCGGGAUGUGUUGGGGUGUAGAAAAAAGUAUCGAAAAUUAUGAAAUUUAAUAGAUUCUCUACCCAGGCAAAUCAUGAUAUUAAACUAUAUUUUAUAUUUUUAGGCAAAAUUAAAUCAAAAUACAUUAACUUAAAUAAAAGUCC